CAGUUGCCACCAUCUACCAUCCCCCACAAACCAUCAGCACUCGACUCUUGAGAAUUUAACCCUAAAUCACAGAUAAAAUUAAUGGCAACUCCAAGCUCAUUACAAAUUCUAGCCAUGGCGGCGGUGCUACUACUGCUACAGCUCUUCUUCGCCACCGCCACCGCCACGAAACCUCCUGCAAGUAAUGCCUCUGCAACGCUGUACCCCAAUUUCCAGCACCUGAACGUCAAGGAUGUUCUUGCCGGAACCCAACUCAUCCAACCAAAUGAAUACCAUCAACUCUUCGAAUUUGAAGCCAAGCCCGAAGCCGACAAGGAGGCCCGCAAGGGGGAGCUGAAGCUUGUUCACAGGGACAAGUUCAUCUCGCUUAUUGCUGCAGCUGCUGCGAAUUCCACUCACGAUAAUUAUCACCACCGUUUUAAGCAGCGCAUCAGAAGGGACGCCACAAGGGUGGCCGCCUUGAUUCGCCGCCUAGAGGCUACUGGCGGCGGCGGCGGCCAUGAGUAUAAGGUGGCAGAUUUCGGGUCGGAGGUGGUAUCGGGCAUGGAGCAAGGCAGCGGAGAGUACUUCGUUCGGAUUGGGGUUGGCAGUCCGCCGAGGAGCCAAUACAUGGUCAUCGACUCCGGCAGCGACAUUGUUUGGGUUCAGUGCCAACCCUGCAACCAGUGUUACCGCCAGUCCGACCCGGUCUUCGAUCCAGCCAACUCCGCCUCCUUCGCCGGCGUCUCCUGCAGCUCCGCCGUCUGCGAUCGCCUUGAGAACUCCGGCUGCCACGAGGGUCGCUGCCGGUACGAGGUCCUCUAUGGAGACGGCUCCUACACCAAAGGCACGCUGGCCCUCGAAACCCUCACCUUCGGCCGGACGGCGGUGCGGAACGUGGCCAUCGGCUGCGGUCAUCGGAACCAGGGCAUGUUCGUCGGCGCCGCCGGAUUGUUGGGCCUCGGAGGCGGCUCCCUGUCUUUCGUGGGCCAGCUCGGCGGCCAAACAGGCGGCGCAUUCAGCUACUGCCUGGUGAGCCGGGGCACCAGUUCCACCGGUUCCUUGGACUUCGGGCAGGGAGCCUUGCCCGUUGGCGCCGCCUGGGUGCCGCUGCUCAGCAACCCGCGGGCACCCAGUUUCUACUUCAUCGGGCUGGCGGGUCUGGGCGUCGGAGGCGUCCGGCUGCCCAUACCCGAAGACCUUUUCCGGCUGACAGAAACGGGUGACGGAGGCGUGGUGAUGGACACCGGGACGGCAGUGACCAGGUUUCCGGUGGCGGCGUACGGGGCAUUCCGGGACGCAUUCGUGAGCCAGACGGCGAGCUUGCCGCGGACGGCGUCGGGGGUGUCGAUAUUCGACACGUGCUACGAUCUGAACGGGUUCGUGUCGGUUCGGGUACCGACCGUGUCGUUCUACUUUACGGGAGGGCCCAUACUGACACUUCCGGCCCGGAAUUUCUUGAUUCCGGUGGACGAGGCGGGAACGUUUUGCUUUGCAUUCGCGGCGUCUCCAUCUGGGCUCUCCAUAAUAGGGAACAUCCAGCAGGAAGGCAUUCAGAUUUCGUUCGAUGGGGCGAAUGGAUUUGCGGGAUUUGGACCCAAUGUCUGUUAAUAAUUUUUAUUUAAAAUAUAUUUAUAUAUAUAUAAAUAUAUUGAGAUGAGAUGAGAUGAGAUGAGAUGAGAUGUGAAAUUGAGAAAAGAAAAAGUGAGAGUUGGGAGGUACCAUUGGGGUGGGGGUGUGAAUUUUGUUGUUAUAUUACUAGUAAGUUACCGUAUUCAAAUAUUAUUAUAGUACAGUUAUAA